AUGGGACUUGGAUUGCAAGAUAAGAUAAAGCUGAUUCCUAUUGACCUGAAAAAUAGGCCAACAUGGUACAAGGAUAAAGUUUAUCCAGCAAACAAGGUAGGAUGGUUUACACAUAAUGACAAGAUAAAGCCAAAGCAGCUCAAAAUGUUGCAUUAUUUCAAUUCAUUCCACCUUAUCUUUCUUUCAAGAGAUUUUGUGCUGCAUGAAUUUGAGCUCCAGUUACUACUAUUUGACAACUUCCAGGGCCUGAUUUUGGAUACAGUAAGAAGCGGGAAGUGGAGCAAUGCUGCUGAAAUGACUGAAGAAGAGGCAUUAGCCGAGCAGCAAAGGAUGUUUGCAGAGGCUCGUGCUAGAAUAAAUGGUGGUGUCACCAUUCCAGCCGCAGUCCCCAAGCAACAACUAGAUUCGGAGACUGACGCGAAUUUGACUACUAGCUAA